AUGUAUCGCUUUCAGUAUUUACCAGAUCCCGACCUUCCUGAAGACUUACAUCCCGGCGUGAUUCCUGCGGGCUUUUCAGCCUGUGUGCCAGUGGAUCAAGACAUGGUCUACUUUCACACCAGAGAAGGCGACACGGGUCCAGAGUACCAGGUGGUGUACACUCAACCAGAUCCAGCUGGAGGUGAUAUUCCAGCGCACUCAAUGGUCCUUGAAUGGACCAAUGAUGUCGAUGCUAUUUGGGUCGAGGCCCUGCAGCAGCUGGAGGACAAUGCAGGUCUUUCAGAGGAGAGAAGAUUGGACGACUAG